CACCCGCGCCGAGACGGGUGGCACUUUUUAAAAGUGCGGCCCGAGGAACCCGACUGCAGCCGCCAGCCCCUCCGUCCCGGGCGCCGGGUCCUCUCUAUCCCCGCCGCUCGCACCCCAGGCCCGUCCAGCCCGCACCAUGCCGGUCAAAGGAGGUUCCAAGUGCAUCAAAUACCUGCUCUUCGGGUUUAACUUCAUCUUCUGGCUUGCCGGGAUUGCAGUCCUUGCCAUUGGACUAUGGCUCCGAUUCGACUCCCAGACCAAGAGCAUCUUCGAGCAGGACUCGAAUAGUAACUCCAGCUUCUACACAGGAGUCUACAUUCUGAUUGGAGCCGGGGCCCUCAUGAUGGUGGUGGGUUUCUUGGGCUGCUGUGGGGCUGUGCAGGAGUCCCAGUGCAUGCUGGGAUUGUUCUUUUGCUUCCUCUUGGUGAUAUUUGGUAUUGAAGUAGCUGCAGCCGCCUGGGGCUUUACCCACAAGGAUGAGGUGAUUAAGCGUGUGCAGGACUUUUACAUCGACACCUACAGCAAGCUGAAAAACAAGGAUGAGCCCCAGCGGGAAACGCUGAAAGCCAUCCACAAAGCGCUGGACUGCUGUGGCGUUGUGGGAGGCAUAGAGCAGUUCAUCUCGGACAUCUGCCCCAACAAUGGCAUCAUCAACAACCUCAAAGUCAAGCCCUGCCCCGAGGCCAUCAGAGAGGUCUUCGACAACAAGUUCCACAUCAUUGGUGCCGUGGGCAUUGCCAUCGCCGUGGUGAUGAUAUUUGGCAUGAUCUUCAGCAUGAUCCUGUGCUGUGCAAUCCGCAGAGACCGAGGCAUGGUCUAGAGUCAGCUCGUUCCCCGCAGGAACUGACCCCUGAAGAUCGUUGGCUGAUUUUUUUUUUUGUUUUGGGUUUUUUUGUAUUUUUGGUUUUUGUUUGAUUUUUGCCACUAAUGUUAGUAUUCAUUCUGCAUUUCUAAACAGAAGUUAUUCUGUGUUUGCCUUUUUAAUGUUUUAUUCAAUAUUGACAUUUGUAG